GUUUUUUAUUUUCAUAUCCCUCAAGGCUAAACCCUAAUUUCCUCCCCAAUCUUAAACCUCCGCUCGCCAGCAUCUCAAGGUCCAACACCUGAACAAGUUUUCCGACACUGAUCCGCGCGUUCAAUUUAGCGGGAAAAAAUGCAGCACGAUGAGGUCAUCUGGCAAGUUAUCAGGCACAAACACUGCAGUUUCAUGGCCAAAAUUGAAACUGGGAUUUUCUGCCGGAAUCCUUACAACGUGACCGGGAUUUGCAAUCGGAGCUCAUGCCCUCUUGCCAACAGUCGAUACGCCACUAUUCGGGAUCAUGACGGAGUGUUUUAUUUGUAUAUGAAGACAAUAGAGAGGGCGCAUAUGCCAAAUAAAUUGUGGGAAAGAGUUAAAAUGCCGAGAAAUUAUGCAAAAGCCCUUGAGCUUAUUGACAAGCACAUGAUGUAUUGGCCGAAGUUGUUGGUACACAAAACAAAGCAGCGAUUAACUAAGAUGACACAGAUGCGGAUACGCAUGAGAAAACUAGCUUUGAAAACAAGAGAGAAAAUUAUGACAGUGCCAACCAAACAAAAGAAAAGGGAAGCUAGACGAGAGGAGAAGGCUGAGAAGGCAGCACUUUUGGAGAAAAGUAUUGAAAAGGAGUUACUUGAGCGCCUCAAGAAAGGAGUCUAUGGUGAUAUCUAUAACUACCCCGUUGAUAAAUACAAUGAAAUCCUUGAUAAGGAAGAAGUUGGAAAAGCUACUAUUAGUGAAGAUGAAGAGGAGGAGGAACCAGUAAUAGAAUAUGUUGAGGGAUAUGAGGAACUUGAAGAGGAGGAUGAUAUGGAAGAUUUUGGUGGUCUUGCUAUCAGAGAAGAUUAUGAUAAUGAUAAUUUGAAUGAUGGUGAUGAUGAUGACGACGACGAUGACGAUGAAGAAGAAAAAAGUGCGUCUGUUGCUUAUAAGAGAGGGAGGAAGAGUUCUGCAAGAAAGCUGGCGAAAGAAGAACAAGCGGCCAAAUCUAAGAAGAAAAUCAAAGUCCAAGUUGAGGUUGAGCACGAAGACGCAGUUGAAAGGCAAAGAGCUGUGUAUUGAGCUUAUGGCCACACCCCAUAUUGGAAUAGGAGACUGCUCAAGAUCACCGCUACCGUGAUGUAGUAUUCCUCUCCAAGUGUGCUAAAUCCCGUAAUCUUUGACCCGUUUCGAUGGGAUCGAAUGUGGACUUCACCAGUUUUGCUGCUGCUGUUGCUUCCCUCCCCAGAAUUUUGUGAUUUAUAUUGGUCAUUACCAAAUUUUGUUAUGUUCUAAAGGAUAUUUUCUGACUUGUACUGAUCAUUAUUUAUUGAAUGUGGUCUUUUUUAUGUA